AUGUCUUUGCGUGAUGCCCAUCUCCAGCCGCGCAUGUCCAAGAAGGGCCCUUUCUCUGUAGAGGUGCCCGGUGUGCAGCGUGUCGAGGGAGAGACUAUUCCUCGCCGACACCCCGCCGCAAAGAACGGACUUGUCCUGCGCCCCUCCGAAGACGUUAGCACCACUUAUGAGAACUUCCGCCGUUCCGCACGCCUGUUCGGCAACAACAAGGCCGUCGCCACCCGUCGCUUGAUUAAGACCCACGUCGAGACCAAGAAGGUCAAGAAGAUCGUUGAUGGCGUGGAAACUGAGGUUGAUAAGAAGUGGACCUACUUCGAACUGAGUGGCUACACCUACAAGACCUUCCUUGAGUAUGAGAAGCUCUGUCUGGAGCUCGGCGCGGGUCUGCGCAAGUUGGGCCUGGAGAGGGACAGCAAGAUCCAUCUCUACGGUGCCACCAGUGCACACUGGCUCGCCAUGUCGCACGGCGCUGCCUCUCAAUCGGUGACUAUCGUCACUGCCUAUGAUACCCUGGGCGAGGAAGGCCUGAAGCACUCCUUGGUUCAAACCUCCAGCAAUGCCAUCUUCCUGGACCCCGGCCUCAUCCCGUCCCUGACCAAUGUUCUGAAGGAUAUUCCCUCAGUCAAGCACAUUAUCUACAAUACUGAUACUGAGGUCAAGCAGUCCGACCUUGACAAGCUCAAGAGUAACUUUAGUCACAUUAACGUUCUCAGCAUCGAGGAGCUGCGCAAGUCCGGCGAGGAGAACCUCGUGGACCCCGUGCCUCCCAAGCCCGAGGACCUCUGCUGCAUCAUGUACACCUCCGGCUCUACUGGCGCACCCAAGGGUGUCUCUCUUACCCACGCCAACGUCAUCGCUGCGACUGCCGGUGUCAACGAGAUCGUGGGACCUUACAUCGGAGUGAAGGACUCUCUUCUGACAUACCUUCCCCAGGCGCACAUCCUUGAGUUCAUGUUCGAGAACCUCUGCUUGUUCUGGGGCGGUGCUAUGGGAUACGGCAACCCCCGCACAUUGUCCGAUGCUUCGAUGCGCAAUUGCAAGGGUGACAUUCGCGAGUUCAAGCCCACCAUUCUCGUUGGAGUUCCUGCCGUCUGGGAGUCCGUGAAGAAGGGCGUGCUGAACAAGCUUAAUUCGAAUAGUUUCAUCGUGAAGGGUAUGUUUUGGGGUGCUUUGGCUGCUAAGACCUUCUUGAUGAACAACGGUUUCCCCGGCUCCGGUGUCGGUGCUUCCCUUCUCGACGCCAUUGUCUUCAAGAAGCUCAAGGAUGCUACUGGUGGCCACCUUCGUAUUAUGAUGAACGGCGGUGGUCCCAUUUCGAAGGACACCCAGAAGUUCCUGUCGAUGGCCAUUGCUCCCAUGAUCGGUGGCUACGGUUUGACCGAGACCUCUGCUAUGGGUGCACUGAACGAUCCCAUGGCUUGGAACCCCAAUGCCUUGGGUGAUAUUCCUGCCUCCAUUGAGAUCAAGCUCGUCGACUUCCCCGAUGCCGGAUACUUGUCUACGAACAACCCGCCUCAGGGUGAGAUCCUCAUUCGUGGUGGCAGUGUGACCAAUGGUUACUUCGAUAACGAGCAGGAGACCAAGGAAGCUCUGACUGAGGACGGAUGGUUCAAGACUGGCGAUAUUGGUCAGUUCGACCAGUUCGGCCACCUGCAGAUCAUCGACCGUAAGAAGAACCUGGUCAAGACCCUCAAUGGUGAAUACAUUGCCUUGGAGAAGUUGGAGUCUGUCUACCGCUCCAGCCCCGUUGUUGGCAACAUCUGCGUCUACGCUGCCCAGGACCAGGACAAGCCUAUUGCCAUCAUUGUGCCCCUCGAGCCUGCUCUGAAGAAGAUUGCUAGCGAGAACGACAUUAAUGGUGACUCGAUCGAGUCGCUCGUACACAACGAGAAGAUCCAGCGUCUCGUUCUGAAACAGCUGCAGGAAGCUGGCCGUGUCGGUGGCCUACGAGGCAUUGAGAUCAUCAACGGUGUUGUCCUGUCCGACGAGGAGUGGACCACUCAGUCUGGUUACCUCACCGCAGCACAGAAGUUGCAGCGCAAGAAGAUCGUUGCCGCGUACCAGGGCCAAAUAGACAAGGCUUACGGCAAGAAAUAG